AUGAUCUAGUAAGUUGCUACAGAUGUGCUUGCUUGUGGUUUGCAAAUGUGAUACUGUUUUAGUUAGGGUUGUUAUUUGCUUUAGUAAUGUUGUUUGCGUGUAAUAAGUAGUCAUGGUCAUAGACUGAUAGAAAUUGUGACAGUUAGGCAAGGCAAGUUGUUUGCGUGUAAUAAGGAGUCUUGGUCAUAGAUUGAUAGCUUUGUUGUUUGCUGUUUGCUAUUAACUUUAUCAUUAAAGAAAGUGAUAUAAAUAGAAAGAAUUGCUAUUGUUGUAAAAGGUGAUGUAGUAGCUAGUUUCAUAAUGGCUUGCAUGUACUUGGCUUCUUGUUUUGGUGUAUUGAUGAUUUUUUUAAGUACUAGCUCUGAGAGUAGGUAGUACAAAUUAUAAAUCUGAAUAAUAAAGUAGAGUUAAAUGUAAAAAUUGGUGAUUAGACAUAUGCAGUUAGCUAGUAAUUAGUUAUUACCAUCUUCUCUCUUCUCCACCAUCUUCUCUCUUCUCCACCAACGUUUCUCACCUAUUAAACUUGAUAGCAAGCUUCUUUGUUCUCCACCAUAUUCGAUUUUCCUCUUUCUUCAAACCACUAACCAGCCAAACAUCUUCCUUCUCAAUCCCUUUCAUAUGGAUUCUUACAAUCCAUAUCCCCACUCCUCAAGUUAUCUAGACCUUCUGAAUAGUCAACAAGAAACUCAUACCCAAGGAAACUCUUCUAAUGAGAGUUUCCCUCCUUCUGCCUACAACCUUGCUUCUGAGUUACCUACUUGGAGUUCACAGCAAUCAGCUGCCACACCUACAUCUGAAGAAACUCAAGUGGAUCGCAGAGAGAGAAAGAAGUGGAACAAUACUGAUGAUGAAGUACUUAUCUCUGCUUGGCUCAAUACUUCAAAGGACCCAGUAGUUGGAAAUCAACAGAAGGGUGGAUGUUUUUGGCAGAGGGUGGGAGAGUAUUAUGCUAGCUCUCCCACUUCCACAGAGAAUGGUCAGAAGGGCUUGAGUGGUAUGAAUGUGUUUCUGUUAUGGUUGUAAUAUCAGAUGGGGCAGGACUACAGUUAUUCACAACCUUCCUCCUCAGACCAAUACCACCAUCAUGAUUACAGUGAAGACAAAGAGGAAGAGGCAUUGAUUCUAAUGGAUGAAGGUGACAGUCAUUUGAUCAAUGCCAGAGCUAUUUUGAUGGAUGAGGUUGAAAGUCAGUUGGAACAAACUCAGGCGACUCAUUUCCCUCCUCAACCUGAGGUGGAGUUUGGUUUCCCAAAGCAGUGCUACUGUGGUGGGAGGCCUACUCUAAAUACAUGCUACAACCCGAAUAAUAUAGGCAGAAGGUUCUUCACAUGUCCAAAUGUGGAAGAUGGGGAUAUGCAUCUCCACAAGUGGUGGGAGGAUGCUGCAAUGGAAGAGAUGAGAGAGUUGGACAGAAUGUAUGAGGUCUUAUCCGAGAAGGUUGAUGCCUUAAACUGCGUGAGUGACUUUGAAACUGAUCAGAAGCUCCAUCACUUAGAAUUGCUAGUCUCUGAUCUAGGUAAGAAAAACCUUAGGUUUAGAAGUGGAGUUCAGAUGGUUUUAGGUGUAAUGGCUGUUGCAGCAUUUGUUUUAGCAAUGUUGGUAGUGUAUAAGUAAGAAAGUAUUGGUGUGUAGUGGUAAUCACAUUGGGUUAUGUAGUGGUAAUCACGGUAAUGACAUUAUUGUAAGGUUCACGGAUAUGAUAUAAUUGUAAUGUUCUUUGUCUUCACGGUAAUGACAUUAUUGUAAGGUUCACGAAUAUUGUAAGGUUCACGGAUAUGACAUUAUUGAGUUAUAUUCACGGACAAGUUUGCUUUU